UGCAGCGCUUCCCGUGAAGGCUUGACUCACGACUCCAUUCACUCUUUGAAGAGCUGGUGUGUGUUGUUUCUUCUCGCCCUGUUCUCUCCCAAGGCUUCACCGGGCAGACAUGUCAGACUCAACUUCCCCGCCUCCACAAACAGAAGCCAUGGGAACCGAGGGGUGUUUACCCCCUGGGUACAAGCCUUUCAACCCCGAGGACCACGGCCUGGAGCGCGGCUUCCGUCUCACCUCAUUCUCGGGCUUGAAAGGAUGAGGCUGCAAAGUCCCGCAGGAGGCUCUGCUCAAACUCCUGGCGGGACUUGAGUCGGACCGGGCCGACGGGCCAGGGAAGGACGGAGAUCAGGCGCCUGAGUUCGGACAACAGUUGCCCGGCCCCCGGCUUGGAGUGGGAAUGGACUGCUGCGUGAUCCCUCUGAGGCAUGGAGGCCUCUCCUUAGUCCAGACAACAGACUUCUUCUACCCCCUGGUGGAGGAUCCAUACAUGAUGGGCAAGAUAGCGUGCGCUAAUGUCCUCAGUGACCUCUACGCCAUGGGCAUCACGGAGUGUGACAACAUGCUGAUGCUGCUCAGUGUCAGCCAGAAGAUGAACGACAAGGAUCGCGAGCGUGUAAUGCCGCUAAUGAUGCGGGGAUUUCGUGACGCCGCCGAGGAGGGAGGGACCUCGGUCACAGGCGGCCAAACGGUAAUCAAUCCGUGGAUCAUUAUAGGGGGAGUGGCCUCAGUCGUCUGCCAGCCAAGCGAGUUCAUCAUGCCAGAUGGUGCUGUCCCAGGAGACGUGCUGGUCCUAACUAAACCUCUGGGGACACAGGUGGCUGUCAAUGCUCACCAGUGGCUCGAACAGACUGAUCGGUGGAACAAGAUCAAGCUUGUCAUCACCAAACAGGAAGUAAAAGAGGCCUAUCAGGAAGCCAUGUUCUCCAUGGCAACACUGAACCGAACAGCGGCAGGCCUCAUGCACAAGUUCCAGGCCCACGCAGCAACAGACGUGACAGGCUUCGGUCUGUUGGGUCACGCCAACAACCUGGCAGCACAGCAACGCAGCGAGGUGGCCUUUGUUAUCCACAACCUACCAAUCAUAGCCAAGAUGGCUGCCGUCAGUAAAGCAUGUGGAAACAUAUUCAGUCUGCUUCAGGGCACGUCAUCAGAAACAUCUGGCGGACUCCUGGUGUGUCUGCCCAGGGAGCAAGCCGCCAAGUUCUGUUCUGAGAUGAAGAGCCAGAGCUCGGGAGCUGGGUGUCAGGGUGCCUGGAUCAUCGGGAUCGUAGAGAAGGGAGACCGCCGUGCUCGCAUCAUCGACAAGCCCCGCAUCAUCGAGGUCCACCCGCGAGGAAGCCAAGUAGCCAAUCGAGAGAACAGCUCGGCAAGCCCCGUGCCUCUUCCCAACCUGUCAUAGACUGUGUGCAUCGUUGUGUAUCUUUUCUCUACCGCUGUUCUUGGAGGUGGGCUUCUUAAAUGAUCAAAACAAAAUUCACCUUGUCAGAUUCAUAGCUUGACUAAUUGCAUUUAACUUUUCAACACAUUUCCUUUAGUAAGAAAAAAGCCGUUUUAGGAUUACUGUGACGAGAAAAACAUUCCGAGUCAAGCCUCCUAAAUUCUGAUACAAACUGAGUGGAUGUGUAUGUUUGAAUGAUAUGAAUGGGUUGUUUUUUCCAAGUGUCUUACUGGUGAAUCAUGUGGGAAGGAGAUGAGGGUUCUGUAAUGUGUGAAUGCAUUUAUACCAUGGAAAUCAGUUUGUUUAUCUGUUCUUGCGCCUGGAUCAGCUGCUACAGUCCAGAGGAAGGUUUGAGCAGCUUCCUCUGGACAAGCGGUGCUGUUCCCAGACCAGCAAGAUCAGCUGGUGGGUCUUCCAGCACCAAGUCGCUUCCAGUCUUCCCGCUUAUGACGCUCCACCCUGUAAACCCUGGCCUACUGGGACAGGUGGAGUCGAUGUUUUUCUAUUGAGGGGUGGGGGGGACUUGGCCUGCUGGAGGCCUAAAGCUGUUGGAUUUCCUGCUUACCACACUUAAUUAAAACAAAAUUAUGUGUGCAAAAUUCA